GACUGGAAUCAAGGGCAGUGUGUAGAUGUAAUGGUCAAGUGGAUCUUAUGUCAUGAUGAAUAUAAAGAAUGGUUGGCCGAAAGAUGUCAUAGAAGAUGUAGAUGUAUAAAAACGUACCAGUAAGUCGCUGAAGCUACUUUUGGGUCCACCCUUGAACUUUUGGGAAAUUCGAAAGACGGCACGGGGCGAAUUCGAGAAGUAGAUAGAGUAUAAAAGACAGCCUGCAGAUUCUGAAUUCGAGGCAGUCUUACUGUUUACAGUAUUCACUUCAGCCAAUAUUAAUAGUAAGACCAGUGCAAGACAAAAAAAUGAAUUUGUUGUGCAGAGAAGUUUGAAAGGUGACAUUUGUCUUGUUGCUGGUCCUGACGAGUUAGUAUUUUUACUGAGGGGUCCCAAACAAUUACAGAACUUAACAAAUUUGCUGCCAAAAGUGUUUUACAAGGAAACAUUGCAACUACAAUGAGUGCUGCUAAGAUGGUUGCAGACUCCACACAAGGAGAUGUGCCGGAAAUGUCAAGCACAAAGAAGAGAAAGAAGAUGGUACAGAAGAAGAAAGUGAAAAAGAAGUUGAAAGAAUCUACAAAGAAAAGUAAAAAGAAGAGCCAGCAAGAGGAAGAGUUUGAUGACUCUGACCUUGACCUUGAGAAGGAGGUUUAUCCAAUCGGCCAAUAUGUGAAGGACCGGGAGAAUUUACUUGAACAAAUGUUCAGCUGUGUUAGAGGUCAAAGUUUAAAUAGAGCCCUCCCUGAUGUUCUUAAGGAACUACCGGUAGCUGAUCUGAAGAGAAGAUGUUUGGAACAGUUGGAAGUCAUGUCAAAGAAACGAAUAUGCAGAAUUCUAGCAGGUGAUGACCCAGCAUCCAUUUCAUCAUCUGGUACUGAGGAUGAGUCAUCAGAAGAUGAAAUCCAAGAGAUGGAAGAAGGACAGGUAGAUGAAGAAGGCAUGGAUUCACAAGUUGUAGAUUCCACAUCAUUUACACAUGAAAUUGGUGAUUCGGACAGAGAGAUAGACUAUGAGGAAGGAAGUGAUGGACACAGCAGUCAGAGUGGGGACCAGAGUGAGGAAGACCAAGCCUAUCAACAACAGUAUGGUGAGGAAUAUGAAGAUGCUGAUGCCAGUGAUGUUCCAAUGGAAGAUGACACUGCUAUUAAUCAGCCUGAAAGUGAGUGUCCUGUUACACCGGGUACACCGGAGGAGCCAGAAGAAGGGGAGGUAUUUGAUGACAAUAGUGAAUCAGGGGAGACAGCUGUUGAUAAUACUGAAAAAACAGAGAUAAAGGUGUCAGACAAUGUUGUUGUUAAUCCUGAAGCAAAACUGCGUGAAAGUCCUGAGAAGGAUGCAGAUGGUUUAGGUAUAUGUGAUAAUACUGAGGAAAGUGAUGAAAAAACUGAAUCUGAGAAAGAUAAAAACUGUGCUGAAACAAUAAAAGAUCUUGAGACAGUUGUUGGUAAUGAUAAGGUCAAUACAGAAACUGAAGACACUGUGGAUGUUAGUGAAGAUGUUGAUGAAAGUAAAAUUGAUGAUAGUUCUAACAAGGCAGAAAGCACCAAUAAAAUAAUUGUGAUAAGUAAGAAUGUUGACACAGAUAUUAGAAUUGUAAAAACUGAAAAUGUUGAGAAUGAAAAUAAACUAGAAGAGAAAAUGAAAGAGGUGAAAGGUGAUACUGAUGAAAUUGAAGAUCAUAUUAUAAAUGUGGAAGCUGAUCAUUUAAUAGAUGAAGAAGCUUCAAACAUUGAAGCUGAACUUGGUGCAGGAGACAAUUUAGAUGACAGUGAAAUUUCUGGGGUAGAAAAAGAAACUGAAGUUGAGAAAUCUGCACCAGAAGUGGUUGUCAGUGAAGUUAAAAAAGGAAAGCCUGCGAGAAGAAUUGUAAAACCUCCAAGUCAGGACAUUGCCCCUGCUUUGACAAGAAAUCAAAUGGAAUUAUUAGAACUUGAAAUGAGGGCUAGGGCAAUUAAAGCAAUGUUAAAAACAGCUAAAUAAUGUGUUUGGUAUGACUUGUGUGUAAUUUUAUCAGAAAAAUGAAUUAGAAGCAUACUUCUGAGUAAUGUAUUACUUCUUGGUUGUGGCAGCUUUUGCACAGGUUUUGACCCUUGGGGAAAAAAAAUGGCAGCUUCAUAUAUUGGUUUAGACGUGUUGGUUCAUUAUUUGCUUGUUAGUAUUCUGAUGUUACUGCUAAUAAUACAGUCGUCUUCAGGUUUGAGCACAGUGUGUUCUAAAUCAAGUUUUUAAGCUUAGUUAAAAUCUUAUAGCUUUUGUUACCAAAUUUUUAUGGCUCUUUUUUUUUUCAAAUAUAUUGUUGUGAUACUUGAAGACCAAGGGAUUACUUA